AUGUUAAGAGUCGGUGGCCGCCUGUCGAAUGCACCACUUCCUGACUCAGCCAAACAUCGUGCCAUUCUGCCUCCAGAUCAUCACGUGACUAAGCUGAUCAUCAAACAUUUCCACAAGAUAACUGGUCAUGCUGGUGUCGAGAGAGUCUUAGUGGAAAUUAGACAAAACUACUGGAUCAUAAAGGGCCGAGUGUCGGUGAAACGAGCCGUUAAAAACUACAUCCCCUGCAAGAAGAGGAAGCAACCACCUAGUGUGCAAUACAUGGCAGACCUACCCAUAGAUAGAGUUACCCCAAAUCAGCCACCAUUCACCAAAGUGGGUGUUGACUAUUUCGGCCCACUCAAGGUGAAGAGAGCUAGGAAAACCAAGGUGAAGAGAUAUGGGUGCCUAUUCACGUACCUAGUCACUCGAUCAGUGCACCUUGAGGUUGCUUGCAGCCUUGACACUGAUUUGUUCAUCAGCGCACUACAACGAUUUAUUGCACGACGAGGGAACCCAAAGACCAUCAGAUCCGAUAAUGGAACCAACUUCGUUGGAGCUAAGCAGGAGUUACAUGAAGCCAUAAAGGAGUGGAAUCAGCAGAAGAUAGCCGACUACCUACUACAACAAGACGUACAGUGGAUAUUAAACCCACCAGCAGCUUCCCAUAUGGGUGAAGUAUGGAAAAGUCAAAUCCGAACCGUCCGAGCUGUCCUCUCAGGCAUCGUCAGCCAGCAAACCAUCGACCACGAGAGACUAUCAACUUUAUUCUGCAUAGUUGAAGGUAUUGUCAAUGGUAGACCACUAACGAAGCUCGCAGACGACCCUAACGACCCAGCACCUUUAAAACCGAACCACCUGCUGCUGCUGAGAUCGGGGCCAGACUUACCACCCUGA